AGCGGACAGUUGCCUUUUCUACUCAUCUCAGAAAUGCGCCUCUGUCCGGACACUCUUUUCCAGAUUCCAACUGUUUAAACUUGAGUGUUACCUUAGGCGUGGAAAAUAUCAAGCGCAGCCGUGGCUGAAGGGGAGGUAGGCUCAGCCUCCAUCCUCAGGGCGAGUACUCCAUCUCCACGUCGUCGGGAAAGGGAAGCGGAAGGGCGCACCAGUGGCAGAGAAGAAGGUACCCGGACCAAAAACGUCACCAGCAGGUACUCUAUGAGUGAGACUUGUAAAGAAGAGGACGACGACCCGGACUCCGAUGGGCCGUCCGAGAAGCCGGAGGCUGAAGCCAGCCGCCAUCUUCAACGUUCUCCUGAAGACUGCUGCCAAGACGAACAGAAUGGCUCUCCUAUGGUAAAAUCGACCACUCCCAAACUUCCUCCCCCGGGUUCCCUGGGCCUCCCACCACUGACAGAUCAUCUCAGUGAAGUCAAGGUAAAACCAACAUAUGCCAGUUGUGUAGCCAAAUUGAGAGCAUGUACAGAUAAUUGGGUUCACGCUAUGGAGUUUGUCCCGGGGAAGCCGUACUGUGCACGUUAUUCCUAUGCCUGCGGCAGAGCUAACCAACAGGGCCACCCGACCGAGAAAAAGUGGGGCAGACAUUCAGUGGAGGACGAAGCUAGGAAGCUCGGGCUCGGGGAACGUCCACAUAAGGUAGGCCCCACAUCUGUCCGUGAAGACCCACCGGACUUGAGCGGACUGACAAUCUCAAACACCGAGCAGACUGCCCCCAAACUAGUAAGACGUAUCAAAUCUCGCUUCAAUUCCCAUCUGAAGGACGGGGGGCGGGUUUCUGCGGUCCAGCGCAGCCGCCAUCUGGCGUGUGGUAUUUGCAGGGAAGUGAUCUACGAAAAGGCCAAUCCUAACGAGGUUCGAUUCGGGAUCCUUUCCAAUUGCAACCACACUUUCUGCCUUAAGUGCAUUCGUAAGUGGAGAAGUGCCAAACAAUUUGAGAGUAAGAUCAUCAAGGCCUGCCCCGAGUGUCGGGUUACCUCAAACUUUGUCAUCCCUAGCGAGAUCUGGGUGGAGGAGCGCAACGAAAAACUGAGACUCAUUCAAAAGUACAAAGAGGCUAUGAGCAACAAACCCUGCCGUUACUUUGAUGGAGGCCGGGGCAGCUGCCCUUUCGGCUCCAACUGCUUUUACAAACACGCUUAUUCCGAGAGAACCAGGGCCAGGGCUCACAAGUUCAGCAAGGCCAUUUAAGAGCUGCGGUCGGCCGAGCACUCCCGGGGGCUGGGCGGCGGGGGACAGCGGCAACAUCUAACGACAAUCUAAUAACAUCCCUCAUGCACCGAGGGAACCUUGGAGGAGGGAAAACACCAAUGGAACUUUGGGAGAAGGGAGCAAACACCUAUUCGAAAGCAAGACCUGAGAAGAAGCUAACGGUUGAAGAACGCUUACGCAACAGAUUGCAGCGGAGCAUGAGCAGUGAGGGAGAGGGGGAGGGGGGAAAUACUUCAGGAGGGCGGAGUCUGGGAGCACUCUUUUGCUCAGGCCUUUUUGUAAUUACUUGCCUGGGCUCUUAGCCAUUUUAACCCAUUUUCCCUGGUGUCCUUCAACUAUUCUCCCUUUGGGAGUUGCGGUUGAAAAAAAUCACGAGAAAUAAAGCUUGAUGUGUG